UGGUGGCACGGCCAGCUCUGGAGCUAAUGGGCAUUAAAACAAAAACAAAACACACACAAAAAACAUAUAUCAAAUUUGACGUUUUAUUCAAAUCCGCAUCAAUGUUUUUGUAGCCUGUCUGCAAAAAAAAAAGAAGCCAUGAAUGAAGGCACCCGGGAGUCCACGAGAUGCUGUCACUGAGCUAAGGAAGCACUCGCAGCGUGAAAAUGUCGUUUUUUAGGCGGAAAGCCAAAGGAAAGGAACCAGAGAAAGCGGUCGAUCCGAAAGCAGGCCGAGCAAUCUCUGGAGUGUUACCCAACUCCCCCGCGAGGAAUCACCAUGCCAUCCUGGAGGCGGCCGGCCCGAGCCACGUGGCCAUCAGCGCCAUCUCGGCUAACAUGGACUCGUUCGCGCGUGGCCGCACGGCCAUCCUCAAAAAGCAGCCCAGCCACAUGGAGGCAGCUCACUUCGGAGACCUGGGUUACUCCAGCGUGAACUAUCAGACCCAGGAGACACGUUCACGCCUCUCCAAGACCGUGGAGCAGGUGCUUCGUGACCCCGUGGCGCUACCAUACUAUCUGCACUUCAUGGUGACGCGCUCGGCCGAGCACCUGGCGCGCUUUUGCCUGGAGGCGGAGAGUUUCCGGUCCACCAGCUGGUCCCGUGUGCGCGCGCACAGCCUCAACUCGGUGAAGCACAGCUCCCUGGCUGAGACCGCCUUGGCGCUGGGCUUCUCGACAUCUCCGGACUCGCCGCCAGCUCUCAACGAGUCACCUGACUUAGAUGAAGGGGAAUACGAGGACACUUUUACCUCUCAGACGCCUUCCAGCCCGCAGGACGCUAAUUCUUAUUUCAGAGCGGGACGCCGAGACUCCGUUAAUCACGAGGAAGGGUUGAGGCUGAGUCGACGCCCUUCUACUUCCUCGUCAUCCUCCAGGACGGGAACUCCGAUCAAAGGCCAGGCUGUGAAUGCACUCCGCGAGCUGUCCGACAAGCUCAUGAAGAGUAUAGAGCGGGACGCAGUCAACAUUUUCACCAAAUACGUGUCUCCAGAUGCUUCUAGGCCUAUCCCGAUCACCGAGCAGAUACGAAACGACAUUGUUGCUAAAAUCUGCGGAGAGGAUGGUCAGGUGGACCCAAACUGCUUUGUUAAUGCACAGUCAGUAGUGUUCACGAUAAUGGAGCAGCAGCACUUUAGUGAGUUCUUGCGGAGCCAUUAUUUUUGCAAGUACCAGAUCGAGGUGCUGACCAGCGGUUCUGUGUUCUUGGCAGACAUCUUGUUCUGCGAGUCCGCCCUGUUCUACUUCUCCGAGUACAUGGAAAAGGAGGAGGCAGUGAACAUCCUGCAGUUCUGGCUGGUGGCGGAUAACUUCCAGGUUCAGCUGGCUGCUAAAAAAGGACAAUACGAUGGACAGGAGGCACAGAAUGACGCCAUGAUCCUUUAUGACAAGUAUUUUUCACUCCAAGCCACAAAUCCGUUGGGUUUUGGCGACUCGGUUCGGAUGGAGAUCGAGUCGAAUAUCUGUCGGGAGGGCGGCCCUCUGCCCGACUGCUUCACCACUCCACUACGUCAGGCCUGGACCACCAUGGAGAAGGUCUACUUGCCAGGCUUCCUAUCCAGUGACCUGUACUACAAAUACUUGAGCGACCUCAUCAAUUCCGUACGGGCGGACGAGUUCAUCGUGGGAAACUCUGCGGCAUCGGGUCACAGCGUGGCCGCGGACAACGAACGCAGCUCCGCCAACUCGGACGGGUCGCAGACCCAGCAGGGCUCCAAAAAAGCGGCGGUGAAAAUCCUGAAGAACUUUGACGAGGCGAUAACCGUGGACAUUGCCAGUCUGGACCCCGAGUCUCUGUAUCAGAGACCGUACGCUGGAAGAAUGACCUUCGGCAAAGUCAACGAGCUGGGCCAGUUUAUUCGGGAAGCCGAGCCAGAACCGGACGUCAAGAAAUCAAAGGGUUCAAUGUUUUCCCAAGCAAUGAAGAAAUGGGUGCAAGGAGAAACAGACGAGGCUCAGGAGGAAAUGGCCUGGAAGAUCGCCAAGAUGAUAGUCAAUGACGUCAUGCAGCAGGGGCAGCAGGAGAGUCCGUUACCAACAUCCAGUCAGGUACAAUAAGGGUUGCACUGAGUUCUUUGUACAGCAGGGAUUCAUCGGAUAAUUUUAUAUGUAUGGCGAAACCUCUUCACGUGGUCAAAUUUGGCCACUCAAUAAUAAGUGAGUUUACACAAAUGAACCGGUUCAAAAGUUUACACACGCUUGAAUCUUAAUACCGCGUGCUGUUUCUUGGACGACCGACGACCGUUUUUUACGUUCCGUGAUAGUUGUUCCCAGUCCCACUGUUCUUCAGAAAAGUCCCUGCGCAUUCUUUGGUUUUCCAGCAUCUUCUGCAUAUUUGCCCCCCUUUUCCAACAGAUUUUGAGAUCUGACUUUUCACACUGAGGACAACUGACAGACACAACUAUUACAAAAGGUGCAAACAUUCACUGAUGCUCAAGAAGGCACCACGAUACAGUAAGAGCCAGGGGUGGGGUGUAAACUUUUGAACUGGAUGAUCAGUGUAAAUUGUUAUUUUGUUUUUGUUGUUUUUUUUUUUUUCCUUUAGUACUGCCUUCCAGAAGCGACAUAAGAUAUUUACAUGUUUCCCAGAAGGCAAAACUAAACAAUCACUUAACCAUGAAUCUGUGCUGUCUUUUAGCUAUGACUUUGUGCGCUGAUGAAGAGGGAAGACUCGCUUCUGCUCUCAGCAUCCCCGCUGCUGCCGUCAGAGCCACAAAUCUGGAGAAAAAAAACUGCACACAGCGGUUCCCCAACGCCGAGUUAUGUAAUAAUUAAGCUAAAACUAAAAAGUGCUGCAGUUCCACAACCUUCUCUGAAGUUGUGUGUGUGUGUGUGUGAGAGAGAGAGAGUGUGUGUGUCAGGAAGACGUGUAUGUACACUUGGGGUCAUGUGACCAACAUUUCAAGCAUUAUGAAGGUUUUAUUUUAACCUAAAAAGAGGAGCCCCCCCCCCGCAAAAAAAAAGCAAGCAUGAAUGGAACCAGUUGUACGAGAGAGACGGACUUCCAGAACAAAAUCCCAAAUGGACAAUAGGGACAAUGAGAUGAAGACGGAGACAAAACGAGUUGUGCUGUUAACCAUGCCAAGCGCAUAAAAACCUGAACAAAGUCACUAUAAAGCCCGGGUUACUCCACUCCCUUACCAUUUCUUAUCUUCCCUUAUAAGCUUCUUUCCUCCAUUUUUACGAGGACGGUCACAAAGAGCCGUGUCUCUUUCAUUCUUUUAAAAAAAAAAAUUAUAGUUCAAAGAGUUCCCUGUGGUGGCUAUGUACAGUUUUAUUUGCAGGCGUGUACGCAUCGCUGCGCCGUUAAAUCGGACGACGACAGCAGGAUUUUAUCACCGAGUUUCCGAGAAGCUGAACGGACCAAUACGUUGUUAAAGUUUAAAUUGAUUUAAACUGACGGUUUAAGCUGCGGUUUAAACUCCUCCCCUCCACGUCGACUCCAGAAUCGGCUCUUUCUCUGUAGUCUUACUCCAACGUGGACAAGUACUAGUGUAAUGUUAAACCCCACCCACAUCUCCAGUCUAUGAUGAUGUAGAUUUCUGGUUUCGAUUAAUGUAACUUUUUUUUUUAUGGUGAGUGUCUGUUUGUUUUUCUUUCUUUUCUUUCUUUCGGUUUUUUUUUUUUUUUUUUUUUUUUUUUUUAACGAGUUGUCAAAUGUGUGUGUCUAAGCGAAUUCCAGUGAUGCCUGUUCUUUGGGAAUAGCGUACUCUGAACACGCGACGAUACUGCUUCGGACCUCGUCGAGAUGUGGAGAAGAACCAGAAACAGAUGGACUUUUGGUACUAUGUACCAUUAUUAUGUUUUCUGACAUGUAUGUGUAAUCUAUAAUAUAUUUAAAUUGUGUUUGAUUUAAAUACAUAUAUUAUUGAAACGUCGCUGUAUUCUUUUAUUGGUAAAUCAGGUACUUUAUUCGGAACACCCGUACCCUUGUACAUUCAUGCAGAUAUCCAGUCAGCCAAUCAUGUGGCGGCAGUGCACUGCAUGAGAUCAUGCAGAUACACAUCAAGAGCUUCAGUUAAUGUUCACAUCGAGUAUCAUGUCAGUGACUUGGACAAUUGAAGAUUGGCGGGCCUUGGAUGACAGGAGUGGAACCCAUUCGGCUCAAGAGUUGACAUGUGCUCUUUGAGACGCUUUUCUGCUCACCACGGUCGUAAACGGUGGUUAUUCAGUCCCUCGAGGAUUUUGCGGUCGCAGAAAUUAAUGCAAGAUCAAAGAAUUUUUCUCUAAAUUACCAUAGAUUUGGGCCAAGAUGCAUCGUGUGAUGUCAUCACAGUGCUCCAUGUGACGUCGGCUCGACGUGUGUUCAACCAAAGAUCCCUUCAAUUCAUGUGCGUCAAACAUGAGUACAUCUAAAAGGUCUCGUUUACCAACAAUCGUCACUGCAAAAGAUUUCGUGCAGUCGCAAUUUUGCCAAUUCAAGCUAAUUUUGAAAAAACAGUCGCAGCAAAAUCGAGCAUUUUUGGAAAUCCUGUAUGCACUGGUUAUUUGAGUUACCUUUGCCUUCCUGUCAGCUUGAACCAGUCCAUCCAUUCCCCUCUGACCUCCCUCAUCGACAAGGCGUUUCCACCCACAAAACUGCGACUUG